GUUCGGUCUCUUAGUUUGGUUAACAUUACAAAUCAAAUUCGAUCGGCUCAACCAUUAUUUCAGGAGGUUAGCGAAUGGCUAUAUAAUGAUUGUUGGAGCCAUUCUCACAUACUAUCAGUACUUGCUGUCAUAAGAAGUGCGCUUGGUUGAAGUGAAUUUUCAUACUCUAUCUAGGCCGUCCCUCUACAUGUGUCAAAACGAAGUUGAAGUCAAUGGCUGGACCAGCAUGCCUGCUAAUGCUGGCGCCAUCUUUGGUGAUAACCCCUUCAUCAACGUACCGGAAGCCCUGUCGAUCGAUGAGAUCAAGCUUCCAAUUGAUGACCCCAUUGUCGAGAAAACUCUGAGCUAUGCAAAGACCGCUCUUCCCGUUGAAACAUUCAACCACUCUAUGAGGGUUUACUACUACGGAAUGGCUAUCACCAAGCAGCAGUUCCCUAAGCAAGCCAGUGCCCUUAGCCCCAGUACCUGGGCCUUGACCUGUUUGCUGCACGACAUCGGUACCUCCGAGCACAACCUCACUGCAACUCGGAUGUCCUUUGAUAUCUACGGCGGUAUCAAGGCUCUGGAUGUCCUUAAUGGUUUCGGCGCUACCCCAGAUCAGGCCGAAGCGGUCGCUGAGGCCAUCAUCCGACACCAGGAUGUCGGAGUUCAUGGGACAAUCACGUAUAUCGGCCAGCUCAUCCAGCUUGCCACAAUCUACGAUAACGUCGGGGCUCACCCAUACGUCAACGACUUUGGCAAUUUGAUUCACGAUACAACUCGCGCCCAGGUCCAGGGGGCGCACCCGCCGGGGGAAUGGCGCACGUUCUUCUCCGGCGUCAUCCAGAAGGAGGAAGCAAUCAAGCCCUGGUGUCACACAAAAAAGAUGGUCAAUGUUAUGAGGAAUAGAAGCCGGCACCCUGCUGAGCAGUGAGAUGAAAGUCUAUCAUUUGGUCAUGUCCGGACGGACCGUAUUAGCUAUUAUCAUAUUGCCAUGCAGAUAAGUAGAAUGUUAAGAACACCUAUAUAAGGAGCCAGUCACCUUCUACUUGACCUAUAUUGAAUAUCCACUGGGAUGAGGAUAUGUCUCCGGAAUCUUGCCGC